UAAUUAGAAAAUUAAAUCCUAACAGAAAAUUGAAAAUUAAAUCCAACAUAGACCUCAUUUUCGUCCCUGAACCAGACUGCUACCAGCGGCACCCAGACGACGAGCUCCUCGGGCGACGCUGUACUCCUCGGUCGACUCUGAACCAGACGAAGACGCUCGGACGACGGUGCACUCCUCGGUCGACUCUGAACCAGACGAAGACGCUUGAACGAAGCUUCAGUUUGGGAAGAUUUGAGGUAACUCAAAGCUAAAAUUAACGGCUUCUCCUCAGUCUUCUUGCUCGCAUAAUGGAGGUUCAAGUCCAAGAUGCAGUACCUCCUACAUCUAGGGUUAAAGUUUCAUUUUCACUUGCCUCAGAAACAUAUUCUGCCAACGCAAAUACUGGAAUCCUUUCUGAGCAGCUGGUUUCAUUGAAAGAGGCAAGCAUGGGCAUAUUGAAAGACUACAUCACCAAACAUAAUGUUCCCAAUGAUGUCCCUGAUGAACCACUUGAUGGGAGCUCAUCAGAAAACGAGGAUGUGCCUGAGAAGCCGCCGGUCAAGUCCAAGAAGACAAAGAUAAAUUGAUGCCCUUCUGUAUUAUUGGGGCUUAAACCACCAAAAAUGUUUAUGAAAAGCUUAUUUCUGGUGUUGCAUUAUGACUUCUUCAAGCUCAAACAAUAUUUUGGCAUAGGUUGAAUGACAGGUAAGCCUAGCUAGGGAUAAUUCAUGUGCUGUUGUAUUUUUGUUGUAGCAAUCAAUUUCUCAAGUCAUUGGGGUUAGUUUUAUCGAAACAAAUGGCCAUGAAAGAAAAAAGAAUUGCCGAGAGAGCAGUGUUAUUACUUUGA